GUGCACGUGACGGGAGGGGCGGUGGCGGUGCGUACGCCGGCUAUGCGGAUGAGCGCUAUCCGGACAAGUACGGCGGCCGAGGUGAUUAUGGUGGACAUACUGGCGCUGGUGGUGGCGGGGGGCGAUCAGGUGGCCCCUACCCAGCAGCUGGCUACGAGGGAGGCGCCGGUGGCCCCAGUGGCCGCGCCGGGGGCUACGAGGGGGCCAAGGGCUACGCAGGCGGGGAGCACCCUGACCGGGGCUACCCGGGAGGCGUGAGGGGCGGCUACGAGAUCGGGGCCUACCCGAGCAGCAGGGGCUACGAGGGCGCGGGGUAUGAGGGCAGCCGGCGGGAGGGCGGGGGCUACGGAGGGGCGGCCCCGAGGGAGCCCCCGCCGGCCUACGGGGCGCCGCCGCCCGCAGGCCGCCCGGCGAAGGAGCCCCCGGGGUACGGCUCCCGAGAUCCGGGUUAUGGGCCGAGAGAUGUGCCGUACAGCGGGGGUCGCGGCGGGGGUGCUGCUGGUGGUGGGGGUGGAGGCUACGAGCGGGGUGGCGGUGGUGGUAGCGGUGGGUAUGAACGGGUUGCGGGCGGAGGCGGUGGUGGUGGGUAUGAGCGAGCAGGUGGGCCGUACGAGCGCACUGGAGGGGGAGGAGGAGGUGGGUACGACAGGGGCGGAAGUGGUGGGUACGGCGGGUACGAACGGGGUGGCGGCGGAGGCGCAGGUGGAGGUGGAGGUUACAGGCCGGGUGGCGCGGGUGGGUACGGCGGCGGUGGCGGCCGUUCGGCAGGGCCGCCAGUGGGUGGCGGCGGAGGCGGCAGGGCUGGGGCCGGCGGGGCCGGGGGCUACGGUGAUGAGGGGUAUCGGGGCUCCGGGCGGGGCGGGCCGGACCGCAACCACUCCUCUGCACGGCCCGGCGGGGGAGGUGGCGGCUACGAGAGGUCCGCACCCUACUAGGCGGCCCCGGUACUCCCGCUGUGUGGCCCAGCAGCGUGUUGAUCGAGCCCAACGGCUUGAACCAGCCGUGUGGGUGAGAGUGUUGGGUGGGAGUGAUGGGGCAGCUUGGGGCAUUUGGUUGAGGCGUUGGGAGCCCAGGGCGUGGCGGCGGGCGCCACAUGAGAGGCGCAUGAGCGUGCGAAGGGUGGUAACCAUGUUGCUGGGAGCAGAUGGAGUGUCCCGGGCGUCUAAGCUUCUGUGCUUGCUAGGUACGGUUCGUUCGCUUGGAUGAAGGAAUGGUCGACCGUUAUCGUGAUCCCAAACCGGAAGGCAAGGGAAAGCUUUGCUAUCCUUGUCCAUCCACGCCCUCGGUAAUGCGGCGCUCAAAUUUGGAAGACAUGAACCAACGAGCUCUUUGCAGCGUAUGCAAUGCACUGUCCCGUGGAGCUGUAUGUGACUGCUUUGCGCUUGUAACAUGCCACAGCAACAGUUGUUCAGCUGCUUCUACCCGGUUCGCGUUACACGCGU